GAUAGUAACUUGCAGUUUCAGAGCACAUGCAUGCCUGGCUCACAGCGUUUUCUUACUCCGCAGCUGUUACCUGCUGGGGAAUUCACCUUGUCAUUGCCUGGGGCAUCUCCCACCCGUUACAAAAUCAGAAAAGUUGUACUGGUCUCUUAACACCAAAGAGGUCUGGCUUUCCGGGGGUGAUUCCGAGACAUUGACGUGCAAAGAAAGAGACAUUCCUAGAGAAGUAAAAUAUGACUAAAAGUAAUGGAGAAGAGCCUAAAAUGGGAGGCAGGAUGGAGAGGUUCCAGCAAGGAGUCCGGAAACGCACACUCUUGGCUAAGAAGAAAGUGCAGAACAUCACAAAGGAGGAUGUUAAAAGUUACCUUUUUCGGAAUGCUUUUGUGCUGCUCACUGUCACCGCAGUCAUUGUGGGUACAAUCCUUGGAUUUGCCCUCCGACCGUACAAAAUGAGCUACCGGGAAGUCAAGUACUUUUCGUUUCCUGGGGAACUUCUGAUGAGGAUGUUACAGAUGCUGGUGUUACCACUUAUCAUCUCCAGUCUUGUCACAGGAAUGGCGUCCCUAGAUAGUAAGGCAUCAGGGAAGAUGGGAAUGCGAGCUGUAGUCUAUUACAUGACUACCACCAUCAUUGCCGUGGUAAUCGGCAUAAUCAUUGUCAUCAUCAUCCAUCCUGGGAAGGGCACAAAGGAAAACAUGCACAGAGAAGGCAAAAUUGUACAAGUGACAGCUGCAGACGCCUUCCUGGACUUGAUCAGGUAUGUCCUUUCAAGCCCAUUCCCUUGGGUCUGUUUUAACCACCCAAUCCCUCUUAUUUUGGAGAGCUGCUUUAAAAAGUAUAAAGAAGGGGAAAAAAAUCACCUUUUAAUCCCUGUUGUGCCUUUUCUUUUUAAGUUUAAAACCAACUAUGAGAAGAGAAGCUUUCAAGUACCCAUCCAGUCCAACGAAACACUGGUGGGUGCUGUGAUCAACAAUGUGUCCGAGGCCAUGGAGACGCUUUCCAAGAUCACAGAGGAGAUGGUCCCAGUCCCGGGGUCUGUGAAUGGGAUCAACGCCCUGGGGCUAGUCGUCUUCUCUAUGUGCUUUGGUUUCGUGAUUGGAAACAUGAAGGAGCAGGGACAAGCCCUGAGAGAGUUCUUUGAUUCUCUUAAUGAAGCCAUCAUGAGAUUGGUAGCAGUGAUAAUGUGGUACGCCCCUCUGGGCAUCCUCUUCCUGAUUGCAGGGAAAAUUGUUGAGAUGGAAGACAUGGGAGUGAUUGGGGGCCAGCUUGCCAUGUACACUGUGACGGUCAUUGUCGGCUUACUCAUCCAUGCGGUCAUUGUCCUGCCCCUCCUUUACUUCCUGGUAACACGGAAAAAUCCUUGGGUUUUCAUCGGAGGGUUGCUCCAAGCACUCAUCACAGCUCUAGGAACCUCCUCCAGCUCUGCCACCCUACCCAUCACCUUCAAGUGCCUGGAAGAGAACAAUGGCGUGGACAAGCGUGUCACCAGAUUUGUGCUUCCAGUAGGGGCCACCAUUAAUAUGGAUGGGACUGCCCUCUAUGAGGCUUUGGCUGCCAUUUUCAUCGCUCAAGUUAACAACUUUGAGCUGAACUUUGGACAGAUUAUUACAAUCAGCAUCACAGCCACAGCUGCCAGCAUCGGGGCAGCUGGGAUUCCUCAGGCAGGCCUGGUCACCAUGGUCAUCGUGCUGACAUCUGUGGGCCUGCCCACUGACGACAUCACACUCAUCAUCGCAGUGGACUGGUUCCUGGACCGCCUCCGCACCACCACCAAUGUGCUGGGAGACUCCCUUGGGGCCGGCAUCAUUGAGCACUUGUCACGACAUGAACUGAAGAACCGAGAUGUUGAAAUGGGUAACUCUGUGAUCGAAGAGAAUGAAAUGAAGAAACCCUAUCAACUGAUUGCCCAGGAAAGUGAAACUGAGAAACCCAUCGACAGUGAAACCAAGAUGUAGACUGAAAGAAAUGCUUUCUUGAGCACCAGCUGUUUUGAAAACCAUCACAAAAUGUUUCCAUCUCAUUACAACUCAUUCUCUCCAGUAAGCCCCUCACCUUCCUACUCUGAUAGGAUUGGGAGGUAUCCAUCUAAAAACAAGGGAUUUUGCAGCGGCCACAUGUUAUAGUCUUUAUCCCACAUAUGAAAUUUUUAAGUAAUUUCAUGUUAGUCUUAUCGAAUAAGGUACUGAGAUCAAAAAUAGUCUUGAUCAGAUUUUACAAGUUUAUGUGGCACACAAUCCUAUAAAUGUGAUUUUUAGAAGUUAAAGUCAAACAAAUAGUAGGCUAAAAAUAUGCUUAUAAAUGAACUUUCAAAAUUAAAAAAAAUAAUCCUUCAGAAAACAAUUCAGUUUUCGUAUCAAAACAAAACAACUUGAUGAGCUACAAUCGGCUAUCAGUUGAACAAUAGAAGGGUUUUUUUCCCCUUUCCCUUCUGAUUUGUGUCCUUAUUUUAUUAGCAGCAGGACAAUAUGAAAACACACCUACCACAACUGUGAAGGUACAUAAAAGGAAACUUCCAAGUGGCCAUGGGCAGGUUACAUCUUAUCUGUAGGCCUCAGUGUUCUCAUCUGUAAAAUGAGUGAGUUCCCUAGAUGCCUUUGUGUUCUCUUCUAGCUCAAAUAUCCUUUGGCAUCAUGAAAGAGCCUGCCCUCUAUUUCCCUUCAGGUCAUCCUGUAGCAAGUAUCAUCCCAUAGAGCAUGGGACUUUCAGAAGGGACAUUUAUUGGGAAUGAACAUUUCUACAUAGGGGCAGAAUGGCAGUGUGGCUUACCAGGGCCUGUGUCCAAAACGUCAGUAUACAUGUCACCAGGCCAGAGGCCAUUCCGGGAGUGGAGUCAUUCAUGAUCUCUGUGCUCAGUUCUUCCCACCAGAAGUAUUCCCUUCUUUCCUACUCUUCCCAAACUGAAAGGACUGCUCUGGGAAAGAUGUCUCCUACCACCCCUCAACUGACAAUAUACACUUUUAGAAAUUAAAAUGUAAGACUAGCAACUAGCAAGGGUACUCCUGGUCUUACUAUGGAACACUAAAGAGCCGGCUAGGAAAGAAUGGAGCAUGGUUGACCUCAUAAAGAGAGGAUUUUAAGACACUAGGAUUACAGGUGAUCUUUAAGAAAGAAUUUAAAUUAAAAAAAAUGAGUUUUUAUUUUUAAACUGGAAACACUUUUUCGCUUCAGUUCCAAAUCAUUUCCCAAGGAAGUCUGCAUAUCAAAAUAUAAGGUUACUUCUUAUAUAUUUUAAACAAGUCAAGUGAAUUGGCUCUCUUUCUCAUAGAGGUCUGUGAGCCGGGUGGGUGGUCUCUUAUUUGAAAAGGGAUUGUACUAUAAGCAAGAGUUCUUAGAAUGAGGGAAACAAGAUAUUCCUUUGUGUUGGAAUUCUACUUACCAAAUCAUUCAAAACCUUCAGCUGGAGUGGGGUUUGGGUUUGUUUUGUUUGUGUCCCUGAGAGAAAUGGUAGAAGAUGAAUCAGUAUGAAGACAUUGUCAAUGUGGGUCCAAGGGGGAAAAAAAACAACAAAAAACGAGCAGGGGCAUUAGUUUCAGGCAAAGCAGCUCCCAGAUUUGGAGGAGAUUAAUUUUUUUACCCCCCGAAGGCAUAUCCAGUCCAAGAUGCAGAAUGGGAGCUGUCAGACAAUACCAGCUGUGUUUGAGUUUCUGACCGAAAAAUGGUGGAAAAUGGUGAAAAAUGGACUUAAUUAUGCUAACAGACUGAAAAUCUAGACAUACAUCCUCUAUAUACAAUUAGAGAUAUUUUUAUAGCGAUCCCAAGCAUUAUGUGUGUACAAAAGUUAACAUUAGGCUGUGGUGGAGUAAUCAUUUAAUGUCAAGGCUCUAUUUCGGAAAUACACUACAAAAGUUAAUGUACACGGAUGUCAUCUUACAACACCGGUAGAGCGAAACUUAAUCAUGUCAAAUUAAUUCUGUUACACAGUGUGAUCUUUUUUUUAUACUAACCAUUUCUUAUGGAAAGCAGGUCCUCUAGGAUGAUCCUCUCGCCAGCCCAUCACAGGCUCUGCACCCAGUGUGGACUGAGAAGCAUUACUUUGUAGAUGUAUUUUCAAUAAAGAAAAAAAUUAGUUUUACAUUA